AUGGCCCCCUGUAAGUCCUGCUGCCCUGUGCCCAAAGCUAUCAAGAAGACAGCCCCUCUGUGUGCCAAAACUGCAGAAGCUUCUUCUGGGCUCAAAUUGAAGCUUUGGGGCUCAGCUUUGACUUCUGUAGCAGCUGAAGAUGAGGGUACAGAUGCUGAUCAGAAGAAUAUGCAGUUUGAGUCUCUGAAGACUGUUUCUACUGCAGAGGAAUAUAAUGUCAGUAUCAUUGUUAUUGUUAAAUGUAUGAUUGGAAAGCAGAAUGUGGCAGGAAAGACUCUUCUUUUGAAGCUCAUGGAGUCUUUUGAAUGA